AUGGCAGUCUAUGCUUGUAUACGUUGGGGUCUAAAAUCUGAAUACUAUCUCACUUUCCUGAUAUUAUAUUACGACAGGGUAAUUUCGACAAGUUUAAUGUACAACAUAGUUGAUUUACUUAGAAAUAAAUACAAACAAAUCAAUAAAAUCCUUGUUGACAUUAACAGAAGCACUGUGAUUAAGAAGAACACCUUUAAUAGAAUUCGUGACGUUAAAAGGGAAUACACUGAGACAGUAAUGGUAGUGGAAAUUUGGAAUAAGAUUUUCGGUUGGCCUUUGUUAUUGAUCUUCGUCGAGAUACUUGCACGCGUUCUGCUCUCUUUGGCUGCACUCACCGAACAUGGUAUAGAUGGUCUGAUGGGUAGCAGGAACCAUUUUGGACCCGUUUCCAUAGUUUUUUGCUGCGAGGCAACCUCCCACGAGGCGGUUAAGCUGUUAAAAGUUUGUUACAACCUACAAGAAGCCUAUUCGUUGCUUCCCAAGGAAAGGGAUGAACUGAACAGGUUACAGGACCUAAUUCAAAACAAGAAUCCCACUUUCAUGGCAGCAAAUUUUUUUGAAAUAAAACGGUCUUUGCUACUUUCACUUAUCAGCACUACCACCACCUAUAUGAUCGUUAUAUUACAAUUUAAUUUUAACGUGUCUUAUCUAUCGAAUAGAACUCGGUAG